CUGAGUCUCCACUCAGCAGACUUAGCUGUCAUCCCAGACUGACUCCUUCCAUCAGCUUUGCACAAGUUGCGAGCCCUUGCAAGAAGACAUGGGGGCCAAAGGGCCGUGGAUCCAACUCCAGAAACUUCUCAGAUGGUGGCUCGGCAAACAAGACUGGCACCAGCACUUGGAUCAGCUUCACAUGCUGCAGCAGAAGAGUAUUUGGGAGUCUCCACUGCUCCGAGCAGCCAAGGAAAAUGAUCUGUGCACACUUAAGAAACUUCAGCAUGACCAGAACUGUGACUUCCGACAAAGAGCUGCCCUGGGAUACACAGCGCUGCAUGUAGCAGCUCUCUAUGACAAUCUGGAGGCCGCUACGAUGUUGAUGGAGGCAGCUCCAUACCUGGUCACAGAGCCCACACUGUGUGAACCAUUUGUUGGUCAGACUGCACUACACAUCGCAGUCAUGAACCAGAAUGUGAACUUGGUCCGAGCCCUGCUUGCCAGAGGAGCCAGUGUCUCUGCCAGAAUUACAGGCUCCGCCUUCCAACGCAGUCCCCACAACCUCAUCUACUAUGGAGAGCACCCUUUGUCCUUUGCUGCCUGUGUGGGCAGCGAGGAGAUUGUCAGGCUGCUCAUUGAGCAUGGAGCUGACAUCCGGGCCCAGGACUCCCUGGGAAAUACUGUGCUGCACAUACUCAUCUUGCAGCCCAACAAAACCUUUGCCUGCCAGAUGUACAACCUGCUGUUGUCCUAUGAUGGGGGAGACCACCUGAAGUCCCUGGAACUUGUUCCCAACAACCAGGGACUCACACCAUUCAAGCUGGCUGGAGUGGAGGGCAACACUGUGAUGUUUCAACACCUGAUGCAGAAACGGAAGCACAUCCAGUGGUCAUGUGGGCCACUAACGUCUUCCCUCUAUGACAUCACAGAGAUUGACUCCUGGGGAGAGGAGUUGUCCUUUCUGGAACUUGUGGUUUCCUCCAAGAAGAAAGAGGCUCGCCAGAUUCUAGAACAGACCCCAGUGAAGGAGCUGGUGAGCCUGAAGUGGAGGAAGUACGGACAGCCUUACUUCUGCUUCCUGGGUGCUCUGUACAUCCUCUACAUGAUCUGCUUCAGCAUAUGCUGUGUCUACCGGCCCCUCAAGUUCCGUGAAACCAACCGCACACAUUCUCGCGAUAAUACCAUCAUGGAACAGAAAACAUUACAGGAAGCAUAUGUGACUUACCAAGAUAAUAUCCGGCUGGUCGGGGAGCUGGUGACAGUCACUGGGGCUGUGGUUAUUCUGCUUCUAGAGAUCCCAGACAUUGUCAGAGUCGGCGCCUCUCACUACUUUGGACAGACAAUUCUCGGGGGGCCAUUCCAUGUCAUCUUCAUUACCUAUGCCUCCCUUGUGCUGGUGACCAUGGUGAUGAGGCUGACCAGUAUGAAUGGGGAGGUGGUGCCCAUAUCCAUUGCCCUGGUGCUGGGCUGGUGUAAUGUCAUGUACUUUGCCCGUGGAUUCCAGAUGCUGGGCCCCUUCACAAUUAUGAUUCAGAAGAUGAUUUUUGGAGACCUACUGCGCUUCUGCUGGCUGAUGGCGAUGGUCAUCGUAGGAUUUGCCUCAGCCUUCUAUAUCAUUUUCCAGACAGAGGAUCCAGACAACCUGGGGGAAUUCUCCAACUACCCCACAUCACUUUUAAGCACCUUUGAGCUCUUCCUCACUAUCAUUGAUGGCCCUGCCAAUUACAGUGUGGAUCUACCCUUCACGUACAGCUUCACCUAUUCUGCUUUCGCCAUCAUCGCCACACUGCUCAUGCUCAACUUGUUCAUUGCCAUGAUGGGUGACACCCAUUGGCGAGUGGCCCAGGAAAGGGAUGAACUCUGGAGGGCACAGGUUGUGGCCACCACAGUGAUGCUGGAGAGGAAAAUGCCUCGCUUCCUGUGGCCUCGAUCUGGUAUCUGCGGUUGCGAGUAUGGGCUUGGAGAACGCUGGUUCCUACGGGUUGAGUCUCACCAUGACCAGAAUCCUUAUCGAGUACUUCGUUAUGUGGAAGCUUUCAAAUCUUCAGACAAGGAGGAAGUGCAGGAACAGCUAUCUGAGAAGCAGCCUUCUGGGACUGAGAUUGGUACUUUAGCUAGAGGCUCUGUGGUCCUCCAAACACCUCCUCUUUCCAGGACUACAUCCCUGAGCAGCAGUAGCCACCGUGGCUGGGAAAUUCUCCGUCGGAAAUCUCUGGGACAUUUGAAUCUUGGACUAGACCUUGGUGAGGGGGAUGGAGAGGAGAUCUACCAUUUCUAAAGAGUACCCUGUUACUUUAGAUGUAACCCUAUGUGGGUCAAGGUGUGGAAAGGGAGAGAGGGUGGGGAGGAGGAAGGACAGAAAAAGGGAGAGAGCUGUUUCAAGAAUCAGACAUAUAUGGUUGUGAAUUGUGAGAGGGUAUAUAUAGAUUAUUCUUUAAGGGACAAUAUAUAACCCUUCACAUCUCAGCAUUUGUAGAGAUGGGCAGUGGGCAUCAAUUGUUGCAUAUACUUUAUGGGUUCCUCGAAAGCUCAUAUCUUGAGAAACUGGCAGCUGAGGACAUGAGAUGGGGACAUUGACAUCUUUGAUUGACAUCUGGACAAUCUUUCUUAUGCCUUGAACAGAAGACAGAAACAAGUAAGUCAUUAGACUUGCUUGUUUCCACAAAACUCAAUGUGAAAAGAACCAUCAUGACACCGAAGUCCUUUCUAUUUCAUUACCUUCGUUGAGACUUUCCUUCCAACUAGCAGCCAGAUCCCGAGUAGAAAACUACAAGAAAAAAAAAAUUCUUUGUCCUGUUGCCUUUAAUUUCUCUAUUAUGUCAAAAAAACCCAUAUAUCAUAAAAUUUAUCAUUUUAGCUAUAUUCAGUAUAAGGUACAUUCAGACUAUUGUAUAAGCAUCACUACUAUUCAUCUACAAAUAUUUUUCAUCUUCAGACACUGAAAUUCCUAUCCAUGAAACAAUACCUCUCCACCAUUCCUUCUCUUUAGUCCUCAAUAACCAUUAUUUUACUUCCUGCCUAGGAAUUUAUUGUAGGUUCUUUAUCUGAGUGGGAUCUUACAAGGCCACUUCCAUUGUGCUUGCCUCGUUUCAGUUAAUAUAAUAGUUUCAAGGUUUCUUCUAUUCUGCGAAGGUAUCAGCGUUUCAUUUCUUUUUAAGACUGGAUGUACGCAUACCUCACUUUCUUUUAGUUCAUCUGUCUGUCAAAGGGUAUGCAUGGGUUUUCCUGUCUUCUGCUUAUUAUGAAUGUUGCUUCUAUGAAAACAAGAGAGUGCAUGUCAACAGAGGUCCCUGUUUUUAAUUAUUGGGUGUUGGUGGGGUCUAUAUGCCUAGAAAUUGAAGAGAUAACAGUAACUUCAUGCUCAAUUCUUUAGAUAAACUACCAUGCAGUGUUUCAUAAUGGCUUUGGGCAUUCUAUAAAUCCUGGUAGUGGGUGUAAAAUGCUCUCUCAUUGUAGUUUCAAUUUGCUAUUCUCUAAAGUCUAAGGAUAUUGGGUCUCUUUUCGUGUUCUUAUUUAUGGAAUAGUUUCUAUCAGUGUGCGGCAUUCUUCUUCCCAGAGGCUAAGAGUCUGAGGUGUUUGCUUCUCUUGUAUCCUGAUGUGUUCCAUGAGGGGUGAAGCAUAUCUUCCUUUGUUUGAAUGGCCUAAUCAGUUCUUCUGUAGGACCUUCUCUGCCCUGUCCUUUAGAUGAUCCUCUGCAAGUUAUCAUCCUUGAUCCUAUAAACACAGGCUCCUAUUUUGAUCUUGAGGAUGCCAUAAUCCACAGUCUUCUCCCUUCUUUUUUACACUGGGCUGUGAAGUGGGCAGCGGUAAUGCUGAUCUGGCCAUUCCUAACUGGAGGGAAACUCUGAGCCGAGCAUCCAGAGUGCCCAUAACAGAGACUGAUAUGUAGCCUCUCUCUUGUCUCCAACCCUUAGGUCUCAUCUCAUUCCUCUCAUCCUCUCAGUCCAAAAGCUGGACAAAAGAGCUUUUGGAAGUAGUAGAGAGAUGAGUAAGACUUGGGAAAUUUCAGGCAGGCGCAUUCCAAUACACAUUUUCAAAGCUGUAUGGCCAACAGUGAGCUAUCACAAAAAUGUACACAUACCUUUGGUGGUGUGCAACUUAACAGGGCCAUAUGUCAUAAUGAUUCAGUUUUAUUCUCUUUGACAGCACUGCACCUCCAUCUUAUGUGCAGUUAAACUCCAUCCACGUUCUAAAUGGUUCAAGAUCCAGUUUCUUCUGCAUUAUUAGAUGUCAUCUCUCAUUUCCCCUUCACCAACACCUCUGCCAGAAGGAUAUUGUGGUAUUUAAAACCCGCCUUCCAAACCACCUUUCCUUUGGACAGCUGCCUUAUCAUCUCCCUGUUCAAAGUCAAACUUCUCAAGGGUUGAUUCCACUGUCUACUGACUUCCACUGAUUGCUCAAGCCUUUGUCAUUUGGUCGGUCUCCUCCAGGCUACUGAUGCCACUCUUGUUAUCUCCCUGAAGGUCAACCCACUCAACCAUCUCAGGGUUUGUUGGACUCGAUGGAUUAACCCUGAACUAUUCAACACUCUUCACGUUCCUACCAGUCUGAGUGCUUUGGUUUUACUACUCCCUGAAACAAUUUUGGUUCAGGAGACUAUUUCUCACCACGUAGGCAGUCCUACUUACUACUGUAGAUUACCAUAUAAAAGUUCAUGGUUCUUCAGGGCCCAUCUUCGACUCUGACUUGUCUUUUGAGCUCCAGGCAUGAGCUACUUAGAUGUUCAACUAUUACAUUUGCUUACUUGGGUAUGUUAUAGACACUGCAAGUUCAAUAUGUCCCAAACUGAGCACUUUUUCUUCCUCAUCAAACCUUCUACUCUAUUAGUUUGCUCAAUCAAGGUAAGUGUCAGGAUUACAGUCAAGGUUGCCACUCUUGGCUCAUCUUUAACACUGUUUCAACCCUCGUACCCAGCACUCUCAAGACCAAUGGAUAGAAAGUCCAUUACUUCUCUUUAAAUUAACUAAUUCUAAUUAAAUCAAUUUUUCUAACACUGCCUCAAUCCUAAUAAAAAUUUCUUAUGUAUACUUCCAAAGAUAUCUUCAAUGUGACUAAGCCUUUGUAUGAGCAUAUUUCUCUUUAAAAUAUCAAAGAAUGGUAUAUUAGAAAAGCAGUUCUUUCUUUUCCUCUUGAGAUGUGUUGUGAAGACUAAGUUCAUAUCAUUGUAACACUGGAAAAUAUCCUUGAAAACCAAGGUGUAACGGUGUACACUUGUAGUCUCAGAACUCAGGAGAGAGUGGCAGACAGGAGACAUAUACACUCAAAGUUAGCUCAGGCUACAUAGUGAGACCCUGUUUCAAAACACAAAGAAGCAGUGAAAAACUUGGUUUUGCCCUCUUCAAACUGUUGCCAUUCUUCUAAAACAGACCACCAGCAUCUUACCUGUGCAUGACAGGGUCAUAUUCCUGCCUGGUCUGUUUGAACAUGGUCUUAGUCUUCUCCAGUCUCUAGUCUACAUGACAUCCGAAAUGUGUUUGUCAAAUGCAACCCCUGCCUCAAGCGAUGGUCUUUGGUAAGCCAGCUCCUCUCUUGAACUCUGACAGCUUCUCGGGGCAUCUCUUACCCUUCUGAUAUAACUUAUUAAAUGAAUAGUUUUUAUUUCCUGAAUAGUACUUCUUCCUUUUGAUAUGACUUUACAGAUUUCCUUACCUUCUCUACCCAUUCUCCUUCAACCUUUUUCGUGUUGUCCUUAUUAUUUUUCAUGUUGUCCUCUGCUUAAAGAUCAGACAUCUGGUGUGCAUGUGUGUCUGUAUAUAUGUGUCUAUGUAUGUGUCUAAUCCCUGAUUUAGAGGGAAACUAGAACACACCCAUUUUGUUUCUAGAUCAUUAUAUUUUCUUCUAUGUAUUAUUGAUUUGCACUUUAUUACUCUUAUUUAGCAUCUGUUUUUCUUUGUAGAUGAUACAUGUCACAAAGGCAAAACAGUGUUCAUAUUAUUCACUAUUGUAUUCUCAGAAUUUGUGCAGUUCCUGAUAUCAUGUAUUAUAAAAUAAAUACUCAUGUAUUAUAAAAUAAAUAACUGAAUCUAGGAAUGAUA